CCAUAUGACUUAAUUUAUCCACAAGUUAUUCCAGAUUUGCCAUCCUCACCAAAAUGUCAAAACAUGAACACAUAGCUAUGAGGGCUUAUAUCGCACUUUAACACUAUGCUUCAUUAAACCACUCGCACACCGGUGGAUGCAGAUAUGUGGAGCGAUGGGUACAUGGAGUUGAAUAUGGAUACACAAAUAAACAUAAAACACAGUGAAUGUGUACAAGGAGCCUCUGUCCUAAGAGGUCUGGCAGGAAAAAGAGAGAACACACACAGUCUGAGUGUUUUACCACAAACGUUUGAAAUAAGCGACAUACAUGACAGAUCGUUGAGUAAUAUGGUGUUUCAGGACCUUGGACAGAUCAGCAGUUAUGACCAAACUCAGCCAGGUAACGGUGAGCUUUCAUGUACCUCCUGUAGUAUGAGGAGGUAGUAUUUAGCAUAGCAUGAGGAGAGCAUCGUCUGUUUUCUGUUUUGGUGAGCUCUGAUGACUUGACAGAAAAGGUCCAUGAGUUUGGAAACUUGUGACCAUUGUGGGCUUGGUUGUUUACUGUCUGGUUUGUUUGUUUGUUUGCUCUGUGUUAACUUUAGUUCCCAAUGUCUCUCCUGGUCGUGUCUCUCUUCCUUGUUCUUAUUUUGUUUACUGGUUGUGGUUGUUGGUCUAUACCUGAAAUCCCAUCCAGAAUUUUUCCAUGCGGGUCAUCAGUUCCAUACCCUCUCCUGUGCUUCCAGUUCUCAGCUGCCGACACUCACUAAUCGCUGCCUUUCUAGUUCUUUGUUUCUUUGGUUUAGUUAUUUUCUCUGAUUGGUAUUUUUGGUAAUCCAGCUUUUGCCAAGCUCCGUGUCAUCUUUUACAAUAAGGAAAGUUUCUUGUGUUCAGUGUCCCAAUGUGGGUCAUCCUCCAUGUUUCUUGCGCCGAUUUGUGAGAGUAAAAUCUCAAAUGUGCCGGAUAACUUUUGUCAGUUAUUGUCUUUAUUGACCUUAAUAUGCGGUCCAGGAUACAUGUAGCAUUCCGGAGUGUCUGAAGCUUUACUUCGAUCAGGCGUGAGUCGGCAUGAGUGGACCUGCGGCAGCAGAAACACUGACGAAUCCAUGUCUCCACCUUUGCCGUGUUGUUGCCGCUCCCCCUGGUCGAGGUCCGUCUUCUUGCCGCCUCGGCUCUCGCGUUUUGACCGCUUCUGUGGCCCUCACCGCCGGGGACUCCACUUCCACUUCGGUGUUUACUUCAGCAGCAGAGAUGUCGCAGGAAAAAACGGACAUUUCCAACGAGCUGCUCGAGAGUGUGAGGGAGGCGGUGGGGCGGAGGGUUAAACUGACCCUGAGGCAGAAAGUCCACCUGGAAGUCAAAGGUGACAAGGUAGAGAACAGAGUGCUGGCUUUGGCGUCGCAUCGAGCCUAUCUGCUAACAGCACGGGUCCCUUCUAAGGUUGAACAGUCGUUCAGCUACCUGGACAUUCAGGGAAUCAGCAGCAACAAGCCCACUCAGUUGGUGUUGGAGCAUGAGCGCGGUCCCUGGAGCCUCCGGCUGGGCUCAGCGGAGGCGGUGGAAGAGGUGAUCGCUCACAUCGGCAGCUGUCUCCAUCGUAUCUGCCCCGCCGGAUCCCCUGUGAAGAUGAUGAAAAAGUUGCAUUUGAAGCCCCCAGAGAGAAUAGCUGCCCUCAAGACCAUUUGGGAUGAGCAGGGCUCAGCUGACCUGGGACCAUGUGGUGGCUUUUCUCAUCAGUACUUGUGUGUGUGUGAUAACUUGGGGGUGCCAUACCGAGAGGAGGUCCAGGAUUUGGUAGCUAUCAUUGCAGCUCUCGAAUACAACCAGUGGUUCACCAAACUCUCAACCAAAGACUACAAACUGUCAACAGAUGUGUGCGACCAGAUUUUCCGAGUUAUGGCUCGUUCCGGUCAACUCGAGGAGCUGGUGCUGGACAACGCCGGACUGAAAAGUGAUUUUGCUCAGAAACUGGCCGGGGCGCUGUCGCACAAUCCGUCCUCUGCGCUCCACACACUCAAUCUGAGCAACAACUCACUGGAGGACAAAGGUGUUUCUGCUCUGAGUGCUCAGCUUGUCAAACUGCCAAUGGGCCUGAAGCACCUGAACCUCUCCAGGACCUCUAUGUCCCCUAAAGGUGUCAACAGUCUCUGUCAGGCUCUCUGUGCCAACCCAGCUGUUGCCUCCACGCUUACACACCUGGACUUGUCUGGAAACUCCCUCAGAGGGGAUGACCUACCGAAUCUGCACAACUUCCUGAGUCAUCCCAACUGUCUGGAAACUCUGGACCUGUCCAGCAGCGACUGCUCGCUGGAGCUGGUGUGUGCAUCUCUAUUGAGAGGAACUUUGAAGCACCUUUCUGUCCUUAACAUGUCAAAAACGGUCUUCUCUCACAGGAAGUGUAAAGAAAUCCCUCCCACCUUCAAGCAGUUCUUCAGCUGUGCUCAGGCUCUGAGUUCUGUCAGUCUGUCAGGAACCAGGCUGCCUCUGGAGGCGCUGAAGGCGUUGCUGUUGGGCCUCGGCUGUAACCCAAACAUCAGCGACGUGUCUUUAGAUCUCAGCUGCUGUGAGCUCCGCUCUGGAGGUUCCCAGAUCCUGGAGGGUUGUAUCGCUGAGAUCCCCAACAUAUCUAGUCUGGAUAUUUCAGAUAACGGUAUGGACAUGGAUCUGAUCACCCUUCUUGUCUGGCUGGCUAAGAACCGUUCUAUCAGACACCUCUCACUGGGCAAAAACUUCAACAAUAUCAAAUCCAAAAAUGUGGCUCAGGUCCUGGAGAACCUGGUUCACAUGAUUCAGGAAGAAGAUUCGCCGCUGACUUCGCUUUCUUUGGCUGACUCCAAGCUGAAGGCCGACCUCUCCAUUGUACUCAACGCUCUUGGCAGCAACACGUCUUUGACUAAAUUAGACAUAAGUGGAAACUCCAUGGGCGACAUGGGGGCAAAGAUGCUGGCCAAGGCUCUACAGAUCAACACUAAACUGAGGACAUUAGUAUGGGACAGGAACAACGUCAGCCCUCAGGGGUUACAGGACAUAGCAUCUGCCUUAGAGAAAAACUACACCAUUCGGUUCAUGCCCAUUCCCAUCAUGGAUGCAGCUCAGGCGCUGAAGGCGAAUCCAGAGAAGACGGAGGACGCCUUACUGAAGAUGGAACAAUACCUGCUGAGGAACCACGAGACCCGCAAAUACCUGCAGGAGCAGGCGUACAGGCUGCAGCAGGGAAUAAUGAUGGACACGAUAUGUGUGAGGGUGCAGGACCACCUGAACUCGCUGAGGUUCUCCGAGGCCAGCUCUGUUCAAGAGGACAUGAAGGUGGCAGAGAACCUCAUGAAGGACGCAAGGAACUCUAAAACACUGCUCCCCAACCUGUACCACCUGAGGAGUGGGGGGUCCAGAGGUGCAUGUGUCGGAGCCAUUCAGGAUAAGUUAGAGUCGAUGGCUGGUGAGGUGGCAGGCGUGAUGGACGAGCAGCUGCAGACUAUGCUUGUGUCCAUGGUGGAUGCUGCUGAGGGCCUGUGUCCUAAUGUGAUGAAGAGGAGCAGCCUUCGGCAGGAGCUGCUGAAGGCUGCAACGGGGAGGAUGACGAUUCCUCGCAGCUUCAUCACCACCACGCUGCUGGAGCAGUCCGGGGUCGACAUCAUCAACAAGAUCAGUGAGGUGAAGCUCAGCGUGGCAUCAUUUUUGUCUGAUCGCAUUGUGGAUGAAAUCCUGGGGAGUCUGUCCAGAUCACAACAUACUCUGGCCGACCAUCUGAUCAGGAAGGACCAGCCUCUAGUGCAUCAGGAGCCCCAGAUGGAGGCAGAGGUCCUGGAUGAGACAGAAUUGGAGCCAGACAACCAAAACCAGGACCAGAAACAUGAGCUGGAGGAUAUGGACAAUUCCAUGAUGAAAUCAAAGAGGAAGAGUAUUCUGGUCCGGAUGCUGCGGCCUGUCUCUGUGGCCUUCGAGAUGGAGUUUGACUUGGAUAAAGCUCUGGAAGAGGUUCCAAUCCAUGUUGAGGACCCCCCUUCUCCUUCUCCUCCUCCUCCUCCUCCUUCACAAACCUCAGACAGAAUGUCAGUCUGCUACGGAGACCUCCCCCCUCCUCCCACUCCAGUGGAUGCGAAGUCAACUAGUUUGGGCGAGCUCCCACCUUUGGAGCUCAAAACACUGGAGCAUCACAAUAAACACCGACCAAAACCCAAAGGGAGGAUGAAACCCAGCAGAGCACCAAGGGAGGUCACUGUCAGCUCAGCAUCACAGGACACAGAACAGAAUAACACCAUGGCAAAGCUGGAUGAGGGUCUGGAUGACUUCUUCUCCAAGAAAGUCAUAAGGCUCAGCUUCAAACUUCCUUCUGUGAGAAGUUCUUCCACCAACACGCAGGAAGCAACAGAUAAGAAACGGGAAUCUCGGAAGAGCGGCUUCUUUAACCUCAUCAAAUCCCGGACAUCCCGGUCGGAGAAGAGCCAUGGAAGUCCACCCGCAGCACCACCUCAACUCCCCGUCUCUACCACGUCUUCACCCCCUUCUUGUAUCAGCCCAGUGACGGAGGAGACCCCGCCCACAUCUCCGGCCCCGCCUGUGAAAAGUCCCAUUCCUGUAGCCGAGCCUCAACAGGAGCUCCACAGGGCACAAUCCCUGAACCACACAAAUAUGGAAGCUGAGGCAUCUACAAAUGAUGCUGAGCCCAGCAAGGAUGAGAGAGGGAAAAGAAAUGAGGGAAAUAAGGAGAACCAGGGGAAGAUGGAGAGCAGAGAGAAGAAGGAGAGUGCAGAGAAAAGGGAGAACCCUCACAUACCCCGUCACCUCGGGGUUCCCGUUAUGGGAAAAGACCUGAUGGCUGAGAUGAAGGCCAGGCAAGAGAGAAGCAGGCAAGAAAAAAUGUCCGAAAAGAAGCGUUCUCAUGUGAUCCUGCAGCUAGCGGAUACUGACGAAUCCAGACCAGAUCCGAUUCCCAGGUCCAUACCACCAAGUGUCAGCCCCAGACCCCCACCACCCCAGGUCAUCAAAGUUCCACUGGCACCCCGCACCUCAGGGCCCCUCAGCCCAACCAGCCCCAGCAAUUCCUCUGCCCUCGAUCAUGCAGUAGAGGCUCCUGUAGGCAGCUUGUCCCCUAAGGCCCCACUUCCUGCUCCUCGCCUGAAGAGGGCGCCGUCAGAGCAGGACAGAGACAGUACAUGCAGCAGCCCAGCAGGACCACUGUCUCCACUGGAUGCUGAAUUUUCCACAGAUGGGGACACCUUUGACCCGCUCACCACGGGCACCGAGCCCGGCAGCGGCGGGAGACAGUGGUCAUCUUUGAGGGGCUCACACAGCCCUCCACCUGCCACCGAGGAGGACCGAGAGCGUGCCAAGUCCCUUCCUGCCUAUGUGAGGCUUCCAUCUCAGGCAAAUGGAGAUCUCAGCACUUCCGAGGGAGAACUACCAAGUUUGACUGCCGAUGUCAAGUCUAGCAGCAAAUCAGAGGACGGGUCCGGUGAUGACAGCCCCUCCAUG